GCGCUAGUGCGCCGGUGCGCCACCUUAGUCACUUACAUAGCAAAGAUUCAAAGUGUACUCUGUGGUAGUUGCAUUGGUGCAAGGUAUUUGCGCAUGGUGCGUACUGUGCCCUUGGUGGAGUGCCUUUAUACCCGUACGAAUAGGGUAAGAAACGCACAUCAAGGAACUGUCAAGCCAACGAACUUGCAGGAACUUAUCUCAGCUGCCAUCUUCCUCAUCAUUCUGGCUUUAGGAACAUCCCGUGAAAGAGGCUUAUGAACACCUGUAUUUGAAGCCUUGUAGUUGAUCGGGUUAGCUGCCCGUUAGCAUUUAUUUUUUCCCCAAGCGCAUUUAUUAACAGCGAAGGCAUGCCGAAAACGAAAGCAGCGUCUGCGACCCGAGCCAAGAAAACCACCGGAAAGAAAAUUCCCAGUUUGGCUUCCUUAUCAGCUUCGGCGGGAGGGGGAAUCAGCGGUCACAGUACUCAACAACUUGAAGAGAAGGAGAAUGUGGCAACGCCGUCUGCGCCCGGGCCAAACGGUGCAGCGCAAACGCCAACCGCCAUUAGUACGACAUACUCAAAGAAAAAUCUCCGUGAAUUGUUCUCCGCUGAAGAGACGAUCGUGGAGGAUAUCUCUUUGCGUAGCACAAAAUCCCGACAUGGCGUCGCUAGUGCGCAACAGUCGGAGAACAUGGAGAUAUUCCUGCGAGUGCGUCCAUUCCUGCCGCAUGAAAUAAAGGGUGGAGAAAAUAAGAACUGCUUCGCCUUGCUGCCCAAAAGCCGCGGCAUUGCGCUCAACCCGCCAGUGUCUUCGUACCAGUACCGACGUUUAGCCAAUUCGCAGAAUGGGAAGGUCUGUUAUGAGUUCACUCGAGUUCUGGCCGAUGAUAUGACGCAAAAGGACGUGUUCGAAAUGACGAUGCGGAAGCCCAUCCAGCAGUUUCUGUGUGGAACAUCGCAGCUUAUAUUUACUUAUGGAGUGACCAAUUCAGGAAAGACUUAUACUUUGUUAGGUCCAAGAAGCAACCAGGGGAUUUUGCCCCGUGCGUUGGAGCGCAUUUUCAGCGCCCUGGGAAAUAACGUCACCAGGCGGGCCACUUUAAAGCCGAAUAAAUACGAAGAUAUUCAAGUCCUGGAAAAAGCAUCGGAAGAUGAUUUUUUGGCCCGUCGUGAUUCACUCUUAAACCUGAAAAUUCCAAAGUUUCCCAAAGUCGCCGAGACACCUGUUGUCACAGCGUUGCAGCAGAUGCCUGCGCCUGCCAGUGAUGGCCUUUCACUGGACUCACAUGGAUUUUUCGACUUUCGGCCAGUUUCGCAAGCGGAGGAAGAUGUCCGUGAAGACCGCGACUGCAUUGACCCGGAUGCUCAGUAUUAUGCUUGGGUGUCUUACGUUGAAAUUUACGAAGAUGUUAUGUACGACCUGCUGGAAAGCGGAAGUGGACACAAAUCGGGACGAGUGCUGCGGAGUGGUACAUUGAAAUUGUGCGACGAAGGGAACACUUGUUAUCCUAAAGGGGUCGUGGAAGUUCCAGUGUUCUCCGCUUCGGAGGCCUAUCAUAUUCUGGGUCUGGGACGAAAGAAUUUGCAUGUUGCCCAAACGAAACUUAACGAGUAUUCCAGCCGCAGUCAUUCGGUGUUCACCAUUAAAUUAAUCAAAAGCAAGGGAAAGGAGGCCUCGGUUACGCAGUUGGCAUUUUGUGAUCUAGCUGGCACGGAACGUGCUAACCGCACCGAAAAUAUCGGAACACGCCUAAAAGAAUCUCAGAAUAUCAAUAAGGAUCUGCAUCAUCUGAAGGAAUGUAUUGAGGCCUUGCGAAAAGUAACGGUGCAACCAGAAAAAAAGAAAGGCCGCAAGAAGGAUCUUGUGCCGUAUCGAAACUGCAAACUCACCCGCUUGUUCCGCAGUUUCUUUUCGGGAAAAGGUUCCGCGUCCAUGAUAGUUAAUAUCAGUCAGUGUGUGUCGGAUUUUGACGAGACCGUGCAGGCCAUCAGAUUUGGCUCAUCCGCUUUACGCAUCAUGAUCCCCAUGACGCGCCGUGAAAGCAUCCUGUUACAAGUUCCCGAUCUCGACGGAAUAGAUACGACAGUGAUUCAACAAAAUGUUGUUAGCGUCAAAGUGCGCGAAGCUAUUGACGAUUACAUCGAAGAAGAUGAAGAAGAAGAAGAAGAGGCGGAUUCGGAAGAAGAAAGCUUGCUGAAUACGGUAAAAAAGCAGCCACGUCGUCCACAGAUCGGUAAUACCACCGUUGUAUUGAGUAAAGCCCUCGAGCCUCAAACCGAUCCAAACGCUACCGUGGUGAAAAAGCCGGCUGCCAGAAAGGGUUCAACAGGCAGUAAAACGAUCAUUAAGAAACGCAAUGGAACGAUGAACCGUACCUGGAACAUUGAAGCAUCAGGCGAGGAUGUGCCACAAGUGGACACAACCUCUGAAAGCUCGGACAUAUCAGAAAAUGAAUCAGGACUGUUUUCCAUUCCGACGGACAGCGAGGCAGAAAGCAGCACCUCCGAAAUAAUUGAAGAUGAGGAUAAUGUCGCCGAUCUCACUCUUGGCACGGCAAUGUCAGGCACUUUCGAUAUACCGGAUGAUUACUGGGAAGGCCACUGUCCGUACGAAAAAUUCAUGAACGAGAAAGACAGCCGCACCAGAGCGUUGCUGUUUCUUCUCGCAGAACUGCAGAAACAGCUGAAAACAAUUAAGGGACGCAAUGCCUACGGUGAAAUGUUAUUGCGUAACGAAUUGUGCGGUCAUUUUGAGAAGCAGAUUGAAAAGCAAGCUAAAGAACACCGUGAUAAAAUUAAGAAGAUGGAAAAAGAAUUUGAGGAUGAUCUUAACAAACAGCUGGCCAUGCAAAAAGAGCAGUUGGAACGCCAGUAUAUGAUGCGUGGAGACCCAUCGUUGUUGCGUUUUGAGAGUAACGAGAAAAGUGCGGAAAUUGAUGCGCUUAAUGAAGAGAUUACUGCUCUCAAAGAGCGUAUUGAAGAAUUAGAGGGCGAAAAAGCUUCUUAAAUUCUACACCAUCUGGAUGAAAAAGCUCACGCGGAUAGGCAACAGAAAAAUUUGCGGACAUGUUUUGGACCAUUAUAUGUACAAACGUUACUGGUAAUUGAAACUUGGCUGAUUUUCAUUUUUUCGGUUAUUAUGUUUUGUAAUUAUACAGUUUGGGUAGAUAAACAAAUACAGGUUUGUUUAUCAGUUUUGUAUGGCAUUCUAGAUAUGUGAAUUUGUACGCUAUAUCUCUCCGUUGAGGCAUUUCCGCGGUUAAUUUUAAUAAAAAGUCGAAAUGAUGA